CGACUUCCGGUUCGAGAGCUGGACUGGGAGGCUGGAGAGCCGGGGCUGGGGCCCGACCCUAAGAGGGUGAGGCUGGCCCGGGGGCAGAGAUGCGAGUGGGUUGAGGGGCAGCCCCGAGAAGGAGACGCUACCUGGGGUGGCCGGAGGGUGCUCUCAGGGCGCCUUAGCUCGGUCGGAGGCCUCUGGAGGGACCGCACGACGGCUCCGAGAGUGACCUGGCCGGAGGGACCGAAGACAAAGAGGCCGGAAUCCCGCACCCGCCGCUCCUAGAGUCGAGUCCCGCUCCCGCGAACCCCGCAGCACCCGGAGCCCCUGGCCAGCAACCGAACUCGUCCUCAGGAGACCCAUUACUACUGCCCCCUCGGACUCCCUCUCUCCACCAACUCUGUGACUCCCCACGCCCACCGCCCUCGCUUCAGGAACCCAAACCAAUCCUCCUAGUGUUCGAGGUUUCCCGUCAGUAGUUCCCGAGUAGUUGCUGAGCGGUUACUUAGGCUGUGAGGGAAAACAAAGACCCAGUAUUCAGUAUUUGAUUUUUGUCCCGGGUGGGAAUUGGUAGUUGUGUAGUCUGAGGAGGCGGGGAGGAUGUAAAGGGUCCCCGGAAGGACUGCGGAGGUACUGGGGGAGAUCAGCUGCCACCCGCUGGACAGAGGCUUUUUGUUGCCUUCAGCAAGAGGGUGACUUGCCUUUAGAUUCUCGCCAGCUCCAGGUUUUCCAUAUUGUUCGAACUCACUAUGCAAGAGAGUUGACUGGGAUCAGGUUUGGGGGGAGGUGGAAGAAGGGCAGACAAUACUUUAUACUUUGCUGCUUCCCCAGGCUGCCUUGAAAGUCGCCCAGAAAUGGUAGCUUUUGAAAGGUCUCCAUGCUGUUUGGCUUGCUGUCCUAAAGUUGGUGCUACCUCACAUGGCCACAUGGAGUAUAUGGGAAGUCAAACCAACCCUUGGCAAGACUUUAGACAUAUGAGUGAGUGUAUUUCUUCUGAUAGUGCCAUCUCUCUCUACCCUAGGAGGAAACUCUUCUUACAGUUGAGAGACUCAUCUGCAGGUGAUUCUCCAAGGACAUGGGAAAAUAGGUGUAAGCCCUCCAACCCUUAAGUGGAGGGAAGCCGCUUUCUGCUGUGAAUGAUGGCCAAACCCAUUCUGAGAGGGAAUGGCACUAACUCUGAGACGUUCCGACAGCGCUUCAGGAGAUUUCACUACCAGGAGGUAGCUGGGCCCCGGGAGGCUUUCAGCCAACUCUGGGAACUUUGCUGUCGUUGGCUAAGGCCGGAGGUGCGCACCAAGGAGCAGAUUGUAGAAUUGUUGGUGCUAGAGCAGUUCCUGACCAUCUUACCUGGGGAGAUCCAGAAUUGGGUACAGGAGCAAUGUCCAGAAAGUGGAGAGGAGGCAGUGGCUCUGGUGGAAGAUUUAGAAAGAGAGCCUGGAAGACCUGGACGUUCGGUCACAGUCUCUGUGAAGGGGCAGGAAGUGCGCUUGGAGAAGAUGACACCCCUGAAAUCAUCACGAGAGUUAUUAAGUGUUCGGCAGGAGUCAGUGGAACCCCAGCCCAGGGGUGUAACCAAGAAAGAGAGGGCAAGGAGCCCAGACCUGGGACCACAGGAGCAGAUGAACCCAAAGGAGAAGCUCAGACCUUUUCAAAGGAGCGGAUUUCCAUUUCCUAAAUCCGGUGUGGUCUCCAGGUUGGAGCAAGGAGAGCUCCCUGAUCUGGGCUCCAAGGAGAAGGAACUCUCAAGAGGCAGUCACACAGGAGAAAGACAAAUGCAUGCUGAUCUGUUAUCACCCAAGAGAGAGAGAAGAAGCUGGGUGGACCAGGAUCACUGGGGCUUUGAGGAUGAGAAGGUAGCAGGUGUGCACUGGGGCUAUGAAGAGACCAGAACCCUCCUUGCAAUUCUCAGUCAGACUGAGUUUUACGAGGCUCUCCGAAACUGUCAUCGAAACAGCCAAGUGUAUGGGGCUGUGGCUGAGCGGCUCCGGGAGUAUGGCUUCCUUCGGACAUUGGAACAGUGUCGGACCAAGUUCAAAGGUCUCCAGAAGAGCUACAGGAAAGUCAAGAGUGGUCACCCACCUGAAACCUGCCCCUUCUUUGAAGAGAUGGAGGCCCUGAUGAGUGCCCAAGUCAUUGCAUUGCCCAGUAAUGGCUUGGAAGAGGCAGCCUCUCACUCUGGCCUGGUGGGCAGUGAUGUUGAGACAGAGGAGCCAGGGCAAGAGGGCUGGCAGCAUGAGGAAGCAGAAGAGGCUGUGGCUGAAGAGUCGGACAGUGAUGAAAUGGGCCAGGAGGCCACCCCCCAAGACCCUGACAACUCAACUGCACCUGUUCUUUUUCGAAGCCCCAGUGGUGUACACUGGGGCUAUGAAGAGACAAAGACUUACCUUGCAAUUCUUAGUGAGACUCAGUUCUACGAAGCCCUCCGGAACUGUCACCGCAACAGCCAGCUGUAUGGAGCAGUGGCUGAGCGGUUAUGGGAAUAUGGAUUCUUAAGGACACCAGAGCAGUGUCGGACCAAGUUUAAAAGCCUACAGACCAGCUAUCGGAAAGUCAAGAAUGGCCAAGCACCAGAGACCUGUCCCUUCUUUGAAGAGAUGGAUGCUUUGGUGAGUGCCAGGGUUGUUGCCCCACCCAGUGACAGCCAGGAAGAAGAGACAGCCUCUUGCCCCAUCCAGACCACCAGUGAGACCAAAGCUGAGAAGCAGGCUGAGGCUGCAGAAGAGACCCUAGAAGAAGAUUCUGAGGAUGAUGAAGAGGAUACUGAGGUACCCCUGGGGGUUGUCAUGACCCGUGCUCCAGUCUUAUUCCAGAGCCCCAGAGGUUUUGAGGCUGGAUUUGAUAAUGAAGAGAAUCUAAAACGAGAUAUUUCUGAAGAAGUACAACUACAUAGAACAUUACUUGCAAGGUCUGAAAGGAAACUGUCCCGGCAUCUUACUCAGGGUAAAGGUGGUGAGAGUGAAUGUAGAUCAGGACAACAGUGGGAAACGACCCCAGGGGAGAGAAGAGGAAAACCAACACUCCCAGAGAGGAGUUUAGGUAAAGUUCUAAAUCAUCAGAGACCUUACUUGGGAGAGAGACCCUGUAAAUAUCUCAGAUACAGCAAAAACUUUGUUCCAAACUCCCACCUCAUGCAUCAGAUAUCUCAUCAAGUGGAAAAUCCAUAUAAAUGUGCUGAUUGUGGAAAAAGCUUCAGUCGGAGCGCACGCCUCAUCAGACACCGCAGAAUCCACACUGGAGAGAAACCUUACAAGUGUCUUGACUGUGGGAAAAGUUUCCGUGACAGUUCAAAUUUCAUCACCCACAGGAGAAUCCACACAGGAGAAAAACCGUAUCAAUGUGGUGAGUGUGGAAAACGCUUCAAUCAGAGCUCAAGCCUUAUAAUUCACCAGAGAACCCACACAGGAGAAAAGCCCUAUCAAUGUGAAGAGUGUGGAAAAAGCUUCAACAAUAGUUCUCAUUUCAGUGCACAUCGGAGGAUACACACAGGAGAGAGACCCCAUGUGUGUCCUGACUGUGGAAAGAGUUUCAGUAAGAGUUCUGACUUACGUGCACACCAUAGGACCCACACAGGAGAGAAACCCUAUGGGUGUCAUGACUGUGGCAAAUGCUUCAGUAAAAGCUCCGCCCUUAAUAAGCACCGAGAGAUCCAUAUUCGAGAAAAACUUCUGUCACAGUCAACACCUAAGUAAGCCCCUGAGAAUUUAAAGAAAAGAUACAUGCAUUGAAAUUAUUAGGAAAAGUCUUCCAAUAGUAGAUCCAUCUCCUAUUCUCUGCCCAACUAGCUUAGGAAACACUCUAAGAUUUGCCCCACUUUGUCCUUAUUUUUCCUGGGUCUAUGAAUUCCGAAGGUAGUUAUCUUAAGAAUGAAAGGAAGAUUUCAGUCUCUCUCCUUGCCUUCACUGGAAAUGAGAAAUAACACCUUUACCUCUCAGUGCCUAUGUUGUUUCCUUAAUAGAGAGGAUGUAGUAGUAGAUCCCAUGUAUUUAUUUAUCCUGAUACUCGGCUGCAUUUCAACUGGAAAAACUUACCACAGCAGCAUUUCAGAGAGAGGUUGUGAGACUUAUUCUGAGUGGGUCUAGCUCUUUAUAAAAUAAUGGAAAUGCGAAAAAGUGGCUUCUCUUGUUCAUAUAAGUCUGUGCUCAGAAUGACAUUUGUCAUGCCCACUCUUCAUUUACCUUAAAGGAGAAUUUAAUAUCCAUCUUGGUUCUGACCUAUGAAUCAUCUUGUUAAAAGCCUAGGUGUUCUAUAUGGGGAAAGAGUAUAAACCUUAUAUAAAUAUUGAGGUACGAACCCUGGAUUUCUUAAUUUCUUCAAAGCCCUAGAAGAUCUGGAAUAGAAUAAUAUAUUUAGAGCAUUCUAGAUAGAUUUUUUUUUCUUCUAUUCCAUCUGAUACGAAUUUCAUCUGUCCCUGCUGGUCCAGAAGUGCAAAGAGCAAGCCUGCUGGAUAUGUUGAUAUGAGAGAAGGCAUUUAAAGCUGCCAGUAGGGGGCUGUCUGCAUUUCACACACUCCACAAACACCUAGUAUAGUGUUACACAGCACCCCAUGGUCACUGAAUACCUGCAUUGAGCAGAAACAACUGCCACAUACCCAUGAAUUAGGAAACAGACCCCUUUGUGCCAACAACUCUUUACCCUAACAAGGAGGACAGAUUAUCUUUGGUCACUGGAGUUGCCAAUACUUGCGCACAUGCACAUAUUUAACUGUCUAGAUCUAAUUUUUUUUAAAGAUUUUAUUCAUUUAUUUGUCAGAGUGAGAGAGCACAAGCAGGGGGAGCAGCAGGCAGAGAAGCAGGCUCCCUGCUGAGCAAGGAGCCUGAUGCAGGGCUCAUGUACAGAUUUAUUUCUAAAAGCUCUUCAAACACAAGUGUAAUUCUGAUCUGUAUAAUCAAAUAGUAUUGAAUAAUUGCCCACCUGUUCAUAGUAGUAUGAUGAGCCCUGUACAGCACAAGGUAAACAAGCCCUGUCCUUACUCUUACAACCUAAAACAGAUGACACUGACAUAGACAAAUAAUAAAUGCACAUGUAGAGCUGCAAUCGUUUUAGAGAAAUCUGAAAUCUAGUAACAUUUUGCAUAAAUGUUAAGGUCUAAUGCAUUAUAGUUUUCUAUAAGAAAAACCUGGGAGGUAUUUUCUUCUCUUUAUUCAGGAAGGCUUCAUGAAACAGCAAGUGUUCAAGGAAGGAAGGUUACUGGGUAAGUUAGGGUGGGAUGAAAUUCCCAAACCAAUCACAAAACUGAGUGCUGAGUGGGUGAGAAAUGGGAAAAUUGGAGAACAAGGUGUUUUACGCAGAUGGAGCCAAGAGCAAAGGACAGACUGUAAGGAAAGUUAAACAAAUCUUGGAGCAGCACAAAAUCUGAGGAAUAGUAUUAACUAGGCUACGCACGAGGCAGAGCACUGCCUUAACUGGGACAUGGAGUACCGGAGGCAGAUCAGGAUGUGGUCCCAUCCACCUAUAAUAAAUCAGAUACUGCGCUGCACUUAUUGAUGAAAGAGCCAGCUUGCCCUGGAGAAGAAGAAUGAACUGUUUGAGGGGACUAGCUCCUAUGGGAGGCAAAGGUCAGAAACUAGUAUCUUGAGAAGAUACUACAGGGGGCAGGUCUGAGGAAAGAGGAAUGUGAACAGAUGGCUAAGGUCUAGGAUAAGUAGCUGUUUCAUAUUCAUAUAUAAUUAGAGUCCUGUGGCUGGAAUGAGGUAUCAAAGAGGAGUGGGGAGAUAGAAUAUUCUGUAAUUCAUAGCUUGCUGUGUUAGAUGAGAGGUUGAGUUCUGGUGUUGAGGGAUCCUACUACAAAGAAUUUCCUAAUGUUUAUUAGGACAAGAUGGUAUCUCAAUUAUGUGGCCUAAGGAGACAGAAAGAUAGAAGAAACACCAAUCUAAAGCAGUUCCUCAGGAUUUGAGAUGGUUUAGUAAGUGUGUCUUUUAAAUGUGUGUGUGUGUUUUUUAAUAUGGGAGAUUACUGUCUUUAGUAUAUUUAUGGAUAGUUGUGUAUAAAAAGUACUGGUUGGGGGUAUCAGCAGAUAUGAAUUCUGGUUCCAGAUGUCUUGUGUGUAAGUCAACCUGUUUCCAUCUCCCUUUCUGUAAAGCAGAAUAAUGUUUACACCUUAAUCUGCCUCUCAGGGAUACCAUGUUAAUAAAAAUUAAUGUCUAUAAAGUA